CAUCCUCUCCGGGAUUAUGUCAGUGAAUGGAAAGAAAGUCCUUCACAUGGAUCGUAACUCCUACUACGGAGGGGAAAGUGCAUCCAUUACACCCCUGGAAGAUCUCUACAAAAGGUUUGAUCUCCCAGGAACUCCCCCAGAGUCUAUGGGGAGAGGAAGAGACUGGAACGUGGACCUAAUUCCCAAAUUCCUUAUGGCUAACGGUCAGUUGGUGAAGAUGCUGCUCUACACAGAAGUCACUCGCUACUUGGACUUCAAGGUGAUCGAGGGGAGCUUCGUCUACAAGGGAGGGAAGAUCUACAAAGUUCCUUCCACUGAGGCAGAAGCUUUGGCAUCCAGCUUGAUGGGCCUGUUUGAGAAGCGUCGGUUCAGGAAGUUCCUGGUGUACGUGGCCAACUUCGACGAGAACGACCCGCGCACCUUCGAGGGUGUGGAUCCCAAGAAGACCACCAUGCGUGAUGUCUACAAGAAGUUUGACCUGGGGCAGGAUGUGAUAGACUUCACAGGCCAUGCCCUCGCUCUGUACAGGACUGAUGACUAUCUAGAUCAACCCUGCCAAGAAACAAUCAACAGGAUUAAGCUGUACAGUGAGUCUCUGGCCAGAUAUGGUAAAAGUCCUUACCUGUACCCCCUCUAUGGCCUUGGAGAGCUGCCCCAGGGAUUUGCAAGGCUAAGUGCUAUCUAUGGAGGCACCUACAUGCUCAACAAGCCCAUCGAGGAGAUCGUCAUAGAGAACGGCAAAGUGGUUGGUGUGAAGUCUGAGGGGGAGGUGGCUCGCUGCAAACAGCUCAUCUGUGACCCCAGCUACGUCUCGGACCGCGUAACGAAGGUUGGCCAAGUGAUCCGGGUCAUCUGCAUCCUGAGCCACCCCAUCAAGAACACCAACGAUGCCAACUCCUGCCAGAUCAUCAUUCCACAGAACCAGGUCAACCGAAAAUCAGAUAUCUACGUCUGCAUGAUCUCCUCUGCACACAACGUGGCGGCGCAGGGCAAGUACAUUGCCAUUGCCAGCACCACUGUGGAGACUGCAGACCCAGAGAAGGAGAUCAAACCAGCCUUGGACCUCUUGGAGCCCAUCGAGCAGAAGUUCGUUAGCAUCAGUGACCUGUUUGCACCAACUGACCUGGGGACUGAAAGUCAGAUCUUCAUCUCGCGCACCUACGACGCCACCACCCACUUCGAGACGACGUGCGACGACAUCAAAGACAUCUACAAGAGGAUGAUGGGCUCAGAGUUCGACUUCGAGGAGAUGAAACGCAAGAAGAACGACAUCUACGGGGAGGAGGAGCAGCAGUAAUGAGAAUUCCCUAAUUAGGAGAGAUUGAAACGGGCUAAUCUGAAUAUAUAAGGAACUUAAUGAACACUGUACGAAAUUCACUAUUGUAAGGCCUGCUUUUGUAAUCCCAUCUCGGAGAGAGUGAAGAGUACUGCACUGGUCAUGUCCCCUCUUUGGAUAUCAUGUGUUAAUUAUCUCAUCCUAGUAGGGCUGCUGUCCAGAAUCUGGCAAAUUCCUGACUGAUUUCCUGACUAACCUAAGCAAAAGGCAGACUGAACUCAUGAUGAUUAUUUUUGCAGACUUAGAUGUUGGUGCAGAUCUGAGAUAACUCAUUGCCAGCUGUGUCUUCCCUUUGUCUUUUUAAUCAUUUGUAAACCAUCCUUCACAACCCUGUGCUUCUGGUGAGCUAGUAGAUGUGACAGUGGUGUCACUCAACCCCUGAUAUCAAGGAGAAUAGAAACUGAGCACUCCAUUAUUGUGGACAGCAUCCCUAAAAAAAAAAAAAAAAAAAAGUCUCUUCCCAUCAAUCUUAACUCUGUGGCAAAGUUGUAUCAUGGACAAAACCCACAUCUAUUGUAGCAGCAAAUGUUGGCUUAGUUCUGGGCACAGAACUUAACCUCCCACUUAAGCUUCUCAAACUGUUUACAUCGGUUGGGACACAGCUGUGCCUAAGGCUCCUUUGUGUUUUAAUCUUAAUAAAAAUGGGAGAGAACAAAUGACAGAGCAGGCAAGAUGUGGAAGUAUUUUCUGUCCCCCCUGGUGGCUUCUCGGCUGGACCAAACGGCACUGCGGUAUCGGUCUGACAGAGCCUGUGCUUCUCCUGCUCCUCACGGCUCCAAAUGAUUUCUGUACUGCGAAGUAAAGCCAAACUCUGGAAA